AUGUCUGAAGAUUCAUCUCCCCCACCUCCAUUACCUGCUAGAAAAUCAUUGGAUUCAAUUUCGAUUGAGACUGAAAUCAGUAAGAAACUUCCGGAUCUUCCUUCAGCAGCAAAUGCCAAUCAACGAAUUAGUUUUGAUUUGAAUGAUUCAGUCUCACAGAUAUCUGCCGUUAGACAAUGGGAGAUCUACACCUCUCUUCAAUUGAAUGAGACAUCUGACAUCUUUGUGAACAAUGCAAUUGGACAAAAUACAAUCAGAACCAAGUUGAACGAGUUGAAAGAUGACCACACCAAAUUUUGGAUCGAUAUGAAUGAUUAUUCCAGCCUGAUUUUACUUCCCAAGAGGAUAAAUAAAUUGGAAGAAGAGAUUUUGACGGGGAUACCACUGAAUAUUAGGUACUUGGUAUAUUUGAAAACACUACUUGUUAGACAAAAACUCAACUCUAGAGAAACCUUUUCCAGUCUAUUGACCAAAUCAAGGCAAUUAAGAGAUGAAUAUAUUGAGAGCUUGGCAGUCGACUCUAGGGUUAGGGAGAUUCUAAUUGUUUUUAAUUACUAUGUCAACGAGAUCACCAAUUCGAAAUUUGAAAUAGAGAGUGAUGAAAACCUGGAGUUGAUGCAGCUUCCAAUUAGCCGAUUUAUCAUCAAUGUGUGUAUAUUGUUGGGCACGUUCCCUGAAGCUUCACAAGAGGAUGUGUUGUAUUUGCUUCUCAAGUUUAAUAAAUUGUACACGUGUUUGAAUAAGGAUGAGUUUUUCUACAAGGUCAGCAGGUCUUUAGAAGAGGGUUUGGCAGAUAUCUUCAAGCACAUUAGCGUGCAAGGAAUCAAUUUAAACUCUUUGUUUAGAAGCAUCUUGGUUCAACUAUUUAGUAGUGAGUUGCUUGAUGAAGAAGUCUGUUUGCGGGUUCUUGAUUUUGUUGUUUUUGAAGGUUUUGAUUUUGUGCUUCGCUCGAUAUUGUAUUUGUUCCGCAAAAACCUAGAAAAGAUACAGGAAUUGGAUGGAGAUGCCUUGCUUCAGUUUUUGAACUCGCCAGAAUUUUGUCAAGUGGAGUUUGAUUUCAAGGAGGUGUUAGCAGAAGAGCCGCUGCUUAUUCAGUAUGAGAAUGAGUUCUAUUUGAUAAAUGCCAAUUCUAUGAGCAACAAUAGCAAUGAAUUGACAAACUUGAAGGAAGUUAAUGACGAGCUAGUGGUGAAAAUCAACGACUUGAAACGAAAGAUCGAUAGUCUACAAGCAACACAUUCUGAAAUUUCUGAUCAGAGUGAGCAGUACACCAAGGAUUUGUCUGAGGCCGAAAUAGAGAAUCAAAAGUUAUUGAAGAGACAGGCUGAACUCCAAGAAAAGUACCAGAAUUUGACUAUGGCAGAAAACUUGAGCAAUACCAUUAAAGCAAAUCAAGAGUUUUCUCAAAGGAAUUUUGAAUUGGAACUGCAAAUUAAAAAUCUACAGAACUCAAUAGAAGAGAAGAAUGCUAAACUAGCUAAGGUGCAACAAAGCUGA